AAACUAGUUCCAUAUAUUUUGUGCACCGUAGUUAGUAUGUACGUGCUACAAUCUAUAUGACAAACAAGUCUAUACAAUGCUUUUUUCUCUCCGCCUAAUGACAGGGCAAUGGAUGAACCCAUCAUCAUCCCAUCGAGAAAUAAAUGGCAAGCGGCCUUCGUUUUAUCACGGCAUAUCAAUUUGACACCAUCAGUUUCAAUGAGGGGACUCGAAACCGUAUAAAGUUAGCCUCAAACAAAGAGAACCCUUCAUUGCAACUAUCCGUUUUAGCAAAGUAACAAACGGGAAAACCAGAACAACCGUCUCUUCUAUCUCGGAAAUCAAAUGUCACCUGAGGUUUCCCAACAGAAAAAACUGUCACUUCCUAUGCUUCUUUCCAUUUCUGUCUCAUCUUUUUUCCCUUCCUCACGUUCAAAAACAGCGCCCCCCUCUCUUCCCAUAACCUAUUAAAGCCAGAGAGCCAUAGGAGGAUCAGAGAUCCCGACAGAUGAAGAAGAGAGUCCCAAGACCUCUAUUGACAUUCAUCUGUUUCGUAGCUAAUUUCCGAUAGUCCUCGAUUCCGCGAUCAUUCCACUAGUUUGUUGUAUUUUUCAAGUGAGUGGAAGUGUGGGGAGGGAAAAAAAAGAUGAGCGGAUAUGAUCGCUUCUCCGGCCCUACAUGGCGAGGAAAGCGCACAGCAUACGCCAUUGGCGGGGUUGGCAUAGUAUUUGUUGUGGCGGUGGUGAUAGGCGUGGCCGUCAGCGCCAGCAGCAGAAGCAGCAGCUCCAGCCAAUCCAGUGCCGGUACCAGCGGCGGGGUAUCCACCUCGAUGAAGGCUAUCCAAGCCAUAUGCCAACCCACUGAUUACCGGGAAGCCUGCAUGAGUAGCCUUUCAUCAGCGGGCGGGAACACCACCGACCCCAAAGACCUCAUCCAGAUGGGCUUCCAAGCUGCGAUCAAACAAGUGAAAGCAGCGAUUAAGAACUCCACUGUCGUGAAGGAUCUUGCGAAGGACCCGAGAUCCAAGCAGGCCCUGGAGACGUGCCAGCACCUCCUGGAGUACUCGAUUGACGACCUCCAGAGCUCCUUCGAGAGGCUGGAUGGGUUCGAUGUGAGCAAGCUCGACAUGUACAUGGCCGACCUGCGGGUCUGGCUCAGCGGGGCAAUCACAUUCCAGGAGAGCUGCCUGGACGGCUUCGAGAACACGACAGGCGCCGCCGCGAAGAAGAUGAAGCAAAUCCUCCAGAGCUCCAGGGAGCUCACCAGCAACGGCCUCGCCAUGGUCACUGAGAUCUCCUCGCUGCUCAGCUCGUUCAACAUCCCCGGUUUGAGCCGGCGCCUCCUGUCUGAGGAGCAGGAUGGUUUCACCGAGUUCCCAUCGUGGGUGGACAAGGGGCGGCGCAAGCUCCUCGCGGCAGCACCUGCGGACAUCAACCCCGACGUGGUCGUGGCCCAGGACGGGAGCGGCAAGUACAAGACCAUCCGUGAGGCUCUGAACGACGUUCCUAAGGAGAACAACAAGACCUUCGUCAUACACAUCAAGGAAGGAGUGUACAAAGAGAAAGUAUUGGUAGACAAGAAGACGACCCAUGUCAUGAUGGUCGGUGAUGGCCCCACGAAGACUGUGAUCACUGGGAGCUUGAACUACGUCGAUGGAGUCCAAACCUGCAACACCGCAACAUUCACUGCCAUAGGAAGCAACUUCAUAGCCAAGGACAUCAAGUUUGAGAACUCGGCGGGCGCCGAGAAGCACCAGGCCGUGGCACUACGCGUCCAGUCCGACAUGUCCGUGAUCUAUAAUUGCCACAUGGACGCCUUCCAGGACACGCUCUACACGCACGCCCACCGCCAGUUCUAUCGUGACUGCACCAUCUCCGGUACCAUCGACUUCAUCUUUGGCGAUGCGCUUGCUGUCUUCCAGAACUGCCAGAUGUUCGUGAAGAAGCCCCUCGAGAACCAGCAGUGCAUCGUCACUGCAUCGGGACGCAGCGAGCGCCGCUCCGCCUCCGCCAUCAUCCUCCAGAACUGCACCAUCUCGGCUGACCCCGCCUACUACCCCCUGCGGAACAUCAACAAGGCGUACCUCGGUCGCCCAUGGAAGGACUACUCGAGGACGGUCAUCAUGCAGUCCCAGAUCGAUGACCUGAUCCAGCCGCAAGGUUGGUUGCCAUGGAUGGGCGACUUUGCACUCAACACGUGCUUCUACGCGGAGUACGGGAACAGAGGGGCCGGCUCGGCGACGAAAGAGAGAGUGAAGUGGCGCGGGAUCAAGAACAUAACCGCGCAGCACAUCACCAACUUCACACCGAAGGUCUUCUUCAAGGGUGACGCUUGGAUCACCACCACCGGAGUGCCUUACAGUCCCGGGAUCAUGACUGCUUAAACGGAGCUCAAACCAAAGAAGAAGAUCGUUACGUGUUUUAUAGGCGUAGUUGUUAAUGUAUGUUUUUUUUUUUUAGGGGAAGCUGACUCCUGCAUUUCAGCUUUCAAGUUUUUGUUGCGAGAGAUGGGAGAAUGAUGGUCAUGUAAAUUCUACUUCCUACUGCUUUUUUACUUAUAAUAUACGUAAAAACAGUCGGUCAAAGUGAUUAAUUUGAA